UCUUCGUUGAUCGCGAUGUCGGACUCAAUCUGGCACACAGUUUCAGUUAGACCUUCGCAACCGCAACUAGCAUCUCGCACAACGAUGAGGAUCACCGCUCGGACGCAAACGUUCACCGUGGUGCUUCUGUGCUUAAUCGCUGCCUCACACGUGCACGCGUGGUUCACGUACUGUACACCCUAUGCCACCUACAUGGACACCAUCCAAACCACCCUGCAGAGGAUGGCUAACGAUUUUGGCACCGUUUACACGGAAGAUCGCAAGGAAGCCCAUCGCUCCCUGGGACCGAUACUCGAUCGACUGCAGAGUGAUAAAGCACGGUUGAAGUCGUCCAAGCUAGCCAUGGAAACGUACGUCUCGAACAAACUUGCGCACUCGUCAGUAGGCCACGACCAGCCCGGUGCCGAUGAUGUGGAACUGCUGAAGCAAAUGUUCACCCAGCUGGACAACGAGAAUGGGCGCGUUGUGGUGGAGACGGACAAACUUCGCGAGCAGCACGAUACCCGCAAUACGGAGGCGAUUGAGCUGCAGGAACAAAUCAAGCUGCUGAAGACGGCGAACCAGCAGCUGGAGCGAAGCGUUAUGCUUGCGAAUGGAACCCUAACGCGGACGCUCGCCACGAAACGCAAUCUCGAGGGUAUCGUCAGUGCGCGAACGAAUAAUGGAACGCUAUCGUAGUGCUAUAAGACAAGUUGCUUGUGUGCGAUCGCAAAUAAACAUAUCCUUCGUUGACCGUGUGUGACCGUGUCUCUCGGUGGGUGUAGAAGUCCAGACGGACGAAAACGUUUAUCCUUGGCCGAGAAAAAGCCUCCAAGGACGUGGAUGCUCUGUGUGCAAAUGGAGACCUC